GCCGAGCUCGGAGCCCGGGAAGGGAGCGACCGGGCGGGAGCGGGCCGGGGGCGGGGCCGGGGGCGCCGGGGCCACACAGGGGGAAGGCGCCGCAGGGAGGGGGUCGGGAGCGACAGGUCGCCGCAGAGUGGGGAGGGCCAGCCGGCGGCCGUCGCCGCACAGUCCUCGGGCCCAACCCCUCGGGGUACACCCCAAGUCCCCCGGGCCCCGCCAAGUCCCCUCAGCUCUGUCCCACCUUCCUUCACAGCUACUCCACACCGCGCGCCAGAAGCCCUCCCCACAGACCCCCAAUCCCCGUGGAGCCCUUCCCGGUUUCCUCCUGCGCCUGGCCUGCCCUUCCCGUUUAGGGUGGAGUGGGCUGCCAGGAGGGGAGGGGAGGCCAGAGGUCCCGCAUGGCAGGAGCAGGCCCAGCCUCCGAGCCAGACUGGGGUGGAAGCACUGGACACAUUCCCCUGUCAGGCUCUCUCUUAUCCUGACCCAGAUGGGCUGACAUCUCUGUGCUUUCAUGGCCCCCAAAAGCCCCCUUCCUGCCCUGGAUCACACACAGGGACACGUUCCCCGACAGACCAGACCCACUUUCCAAGGCUCAGACACCCUUGCCGCCCUGGAGCCACACACUCAACCAGGGGAGGAAACAGGCGCCAGACAGAGAUGGCAGCAGCUGUGUCAUGGCUCCCUCGCCCACCGCACAAAGAGCCCUGCACUCCUGUCCGGUCACACUUCUGCACACCAGCCCCUCACCCCAGCUACUCUGUUAGUGACACUUCACAUUCCUCCCACAAUCCCACCUGCCUGUUCACACCCUGGCUCCUGCAGGCACCUUUCUUGCUCCUCCCAUACCUUCUGGGUAACAACACCCUUUCAAACUCUCCCACAUACUUGUCCUGACUCCUUCACUGCAGCCCCCUGCCUGGCUCUCAGCAGACUGCCCAGCGCCCUGGCUUCACAGUCCAGAGUCCAGAACCCUCUCACUCCAGCAAAAGCCCGACACCUGUGAUUCUACUGACUUCCCAAGGCAGGGCAGCUCGCCCACCUGUCUGUUUCUUUCCCUGGGCCUUGGUUUCUUCUGGAAGAGAAGGGCAGGGAGGGGGCUGCAAAAGAGACCCAGAUGGGCCGGAGUGGAGAUGGAGCCCCACAGGGUUGUGCAGAGGGUUGUGCAGAGGGACGUUAGUGGGAACAGUGAGCCCCUCACGUGAGCCCAGGCACCUGGUCGUUGGCAAAGCUAGGACUCCUGACUUCUGGGUCUACGUGUACCCACUCACUAAUCACUUCUUAGCAGCCUGGGGAAGAGGGAACUAAAGAGAGAACGGAAGGGAGAGAGGAAGAGGGGGGAGGGCAGCCAGCCCAGAGGACAAGAAAAAAGGGCUGUUUCUUGUGGACCCUUCCCUGGGAAGGCAGGUCCCUGAGAGCUGUUUCCUACACUCUAAAUACCAGGAUCUCUCACCACAGUGGAGGCAGCACCCCCAAAAUUGCUUCCCUCCCCCAGUUCCCCUCAACAGACCCUACAACAGUCACCAGGAUGCUGGUCCUGGUCUAGCCUGAGGGCCGGGCCUUUGCUUCUGGUGCCUGAUCAGCUCAACACCUGCGGAGCUCUGGGACGCCCCCUGAUGGCCCUGACAACCACGUCUUCCGCUGAUUGUCUCUUAGCCACCAAGCCCCUGUGCAGUCUCCUGGCUGACUCAUCCUGACCACCCUGACCACCCUGACACUUCUGCACCUCUGAGUCCCCCACUCACUGAGUGAGGUCGGCCUGGGGAUACAGGCCAGGACUGAGGGGCAGCUGGUGGAAGAUACGUGAACGUGGGGGACUCGUGGGGGAUGCUAGCGUGCCUGUGCACUGUGCUCUGGCACCUCCCUGCAGUGCCAGCCCUCAACCGCACAGGGGACCCAGGGCCUGGCCCCUCCAUCCAGAAAACCUAUGACCUCACCCGCUACCUGGAACACCAACUCCGCAGCUUGGCUGGGACCUACCUGAACUACCUGGGCCCCCCUUUCAAUGAGCCUGACUUCAAUCCACCUCGGCUGGGGGCAGAGACUCUGCCCAGGGCCACUGUCAACUUGGAUGUGUGGCGAAGCCUCAAUGACAAACUGCGGCUGACCCAGAACUACGAGGCUUAUAGCCACCUUCUGUGCUAUUUGCGUGGCCUUAACCGCCAGGCCGCCACAGCCGAGCUGCGCCGCAGCCUGGCCCACUUCUGCACCAGCCUUCAGGGCCUGCUGGGCAGCAUUGCAGGUGUCAUGGCAGCUCUGGGCUACCCGCUGCCCCAGCCUCUGCCUGGGACUGAGCCCACCUGGGCCCCUGGCCCUGCCCACAGCGACUUCCUCCAGAAGAUGGAUGACUUCUGGCUACUGAAGGAGCUGCAGACCUGGCUGUGGCGCUCAGCCAAAGACUUCAACCGGCUCAAGAAGAAGAUGCAGCCUCGGGCAGCUGCAGUCACCCUGCACCUGAAGGCCCACGGCUUCUGAUCUCUAACCCUUACCACCUCUUUUCUCUUCUCCCUCUUUAAACUCUGUUCUGGAUCUGGGAAGGAGAAACCUGUAUGCCAACACUUGUUGAGCCAGGAGACAGAAGCCAUGAGCCUCUGGCUCUUCCUGGACUUGGAGGAGGGUAGGAUGCAAUAAGGCCCGUCCCCUCCCAGCUUCCCAAAGUCCUGCAGGUCUGAGGAAGAGGUGCAAUAGGCCCCAUCCCAUUUCCACGGGAAGUAAUGCUCAAGGGAGCCUGAAGUGGUUCAAGUUGGUGCAGAGGCUUUCACAGCUUCCUGCCUCCUGCCCACUACUUUGCCAGUGCCCACCCAGCCCCUCAAGGGGCACUUACAGGAAGCAUGCCUAUAGGGUAGGGAGGGAGCCACCACAGCCUGUGCCUUUCUGGGGUGAAGCCCUUUGGCUGUCCUACUCUCCUUAGAUGGGUAUUGCUCCCCUACCCCCAAAUAACGCAAUACAUCCAAUUCAGGAAACAAACAUGGUGGCAAGUCCAAACAGGAAGAAAUGGGGUUAAAAAUGCAAGAGGUAGGGUCUGCCUUGGAGGUUCUACAGAAAGCAGAGGGACAGGGAGAGACUGGACCUAGGGGUCAUCAAGACAGACAGUGGCACAGGGUGCUAACCAAAAGGACCAACUUCAUAUUUUCUUGCUAACAUCACAGUGCCUCCUCUCUGCCCUCUUUCCCAGGGUAUCUGUGGGUUGCCCAGGCUGGGGAGGGCAACCAUAGCCACAGCCACAGGAGUUCCUGAAAGUUUACAUUGCAGUAGCAUUUCAGGGUGUAGGGGGCAGCUCCCCCAGGCCCUGCCCCCCAGCACCACCCACUCAUGACUCUUAAGUUUGUUGUAUUAAUAUUUAUUUAUUUGGAGAUAUUAUUUAUUAGAUGAUAUUUAUUGCAGAAUUUCUAUUCUUAUAUUAACAAAUAAAAUGCUUGCCCCAAAA